CAAGAAACCUCGAGGUUUAUAAUCAAGAGAUACCUGGAUGUUCUGAAACCCCGAUUAUCGGACAUCCUCGAACUACACCAACGACACUACAUUUCUUGACACCCUCGAUACAAUCUACCACUGCUUCGAGCACGAUCACCUCGAAGAACUUUGUAUACACCAGCAAGACUCCAACUGACCUCUCUACGAACAAUAUGCUUAAAGAAACCACCAACCCUCCUGUCACCCCUCAGGAUGACACCCCAACUCGAUCCGAAAACGAAGUCGAAAUAACAAACAACGUCCCCAGAGACGUGGAGAGCCAUGUUGUGCGAGGAGAAAAGGCCAGCGGGUCCAAGAAUGCUUCUGCGUUCAAGUCCCUCGGCUGGCUGGAUCGCUUCCUCGCCGUGUGGAUCUUGCUUGCCAUGGUUGUGGGCAUCAUCCUGGGCAACUUCGUCUCUGGAAUCGGGGAGGCCUUGGAGAAGGGCAAGUUCGUCGGCGUUUCGGUUCCCAUCGCUGUUGGCUUGCUCGUUAUGAUGUACCCAAUCCUGUGCAAAGUACGGUACGAAUCUUUGCAUGAGAUACUCUCACAUCGGGAGAUUUGGAAGCAGAUUCUCUUCAGCAUCUUCAUCAACUGGAUCGUGGCACCGUUCUUGAUGCUGGGCCUCGCGUGGGCAUUUCUCCCCGAUGAGCCUGAACUCCGCAUCGGCCUCAUCCUUGUGGGUCUGGCAAGAUGCAUCGCCAUGGUCCUGAUUUGGAAUGGCCUCGCUGGAGGCGAUAGCGAGUACUGUGCAAUCUUAGUGGCCAUCAACUCCAUCCUCCAGAUGGUCCUUUAUGCGCCCAUGUCCGUCUUCUUCAUCCGAGUCAUUAGCGGAGAGGCGGACGACACUGAUGUCUCAUACUCGAUCGUGGCUCGAAGCGUCGCCGUGUUUCUCGGCAUCCCACUAGGGGCUGCUGUCGUCACGCGGUUCUCACUGCGUGCGAUGCUAGGGUUGGAUUGGUACGAGCGCAUCUUCAUCAGGUUUGCUUCUCCUUGGUCGCUCAUCGGGCUCCUGUAUACCAUCCUAGUGCUAUUCGCGUCGCAGGGCCACCAGGUCGUCCACCAAGUCGUGUCCGUUGUGCGCGUUGCAGCGCCUCUUGUGGUGUACUUUGUCAUCAUCUUCUUUGCCACGCUUCUCGUGGCGCGUCAUGCCGGGUUUGGAUACCCUCUGUCGACUACCCAGAGCUUCACAGCCGCGAGCAACAACUUUGAGCUGGCGAUUGCGGUGGCGAUUGCAACCUACGGGCCGAGCAGUGACCAGGCUCUCGCUGCCACGGUAGGCCCAUUGAUCGAGGUUCCGGUUCUGUUGGCCCUGGUUUACCUCCUCCGCUGGGUUUCGGGAAGAUGGAACUGGGUGUAGUGGUUGUAUUCACCCGCUGUAUUGAAGGCCGUGGGUAUCCUUUAUCGAGGCAUGAUUGCGGCUAGGAUGAACC